AAACGCGAGGAAGUGAGAGCACCUUGUCUCGUUUUUCCCCAUCCUGCAACCCUGAGUGCUAGAUUACGGAAGUCCAUAUCUAAAAAAUGUUUACUGCAUGUUAUUCCACAUUAGAAUGUCUAAAAAAAAUUAUAACGAAAUGCAAGAGUACAGAUAUUAAUCCAUAUUAACAAUAAGAAAAUUGAAAUAUACUUAAGCAAAGUUAGCAUCCCAGAAACACAUAAAACGAAAGCUUGAAGCCCGUUGUCAAGAAGACGGUGUAAGACUUGAUAAGAUUUGUUAUUGACUUUUAUCUCAACGGAAGGAGUAACUAUAGGAGCUCAUAGACUUUUUGCUCACAAAACAUUCAAAGCAAGCCCUGCUUUAAAAGUUAUUCUUCUAUUAGCUCAGACGAUGGCUGGACAGAACUCUGUCUUCAUUUGGUCCCGAGACCAUCGUCUACAUCACCGCUACUCAGACACAGAUGGUGAUCCUCACAACUCAAAGAGAGGAUUUUUCUUCUGUCACAUCGGCUGGUUAAUGAUGAAGAAGCAUCCUUACGUACUCAAUUUAGGAAUGAGAAUCGAUAUGAGUGAUUUACAAGCUGACUGGAUGGUCAUGUUUCAAAAAAAGUACUACUACUAUUUAUAUUUUGUACUAGCCGUAUUCAUUCCUGUGUUCGUGCCAUGUUAUUAUUUCGGAGAGACGUUCAGGACUAGUCUUCUAACCUGUUACUUUGCUAGAUAUAUAAUACAACUGAAUGGUACGUGGCUCGUUAACAGCGCCGCACAUCUAUUUGGCACGAGACCAUAUGACAAAAAACUACAGCCUGUAGAGUCAUGGUUCGUCUCGUUCAUAAGUCUCGGAGAAGGUUGGCACAACUAUCACCACGCUUUCCCCUGGGACUACAAAGCUGCUGAACUAUCCAUGCACUUCAACCAAUCUGCCAGCUUUAUAAGAUUCUUUGAAAGAAUUGGACUUGCAUAUGACUUGAAAACUGCUGACUCGGAAAUGGUAAGAAGACGUGUGACCAAAAGUGGAGAUGGAACACAUUACGCAUUGGGAAACGAAAAAGACCAAAAUAGUGUCAAAGCAAUAGGAAUAUUACACCCCUUAAAUCCGUCAUACAAUGUUGUUUAUACAGCGCCCGAAGCAGUGUUGGAAGACAAAGGUCUACCCUUGAAUCAUGAGAAUGAUGUCUUUGACCCGAGCGUAGCAAAAAGAAAGACUGCAACUGCGUAAAUCGACGUCUAAUGAAUGUGUGUGUUGAAUGUGGUGAGAUUAAUUUAAUUGUACAUGCUGCAUAAUGUAUUCUUUACCAAAACGAACAACCAAAUAAUUAUGUGCAUCAAUUUUCCAUUAAUCGUGAUCGUACGAAACAUGU